AUGCUGUCGGGACGAUAUUCUCAUAUAUCAAUUUUUACUCUAAUUCAGGUGUUUGCUGUUUUGAGCAGAGAAGCUUCAAAAAGGAAAAAGGAGUAUGCAUCUGCUGGCUUACUAGCUUGCGCUCUUUUUUCACGAAGUCUUCCGUACCCGAAAGGUACGCAUUGGUUGCUGGAAAAAGUCGGCGACAAUGUUCGAAAAGCUCUUGAUCCAAGUGAGGAUGAAGAUCAAUCCGAUGAAGAGCAGAACAGUACCACUACAAAAGAAGCUAAAUUAUCCGAGUUCAUCAGUCAAAAUAUGGCUGCAUUAGCCAAGGCAGUCGGUGCAUUCUCUGAAGGAAAAGAUGCGGCUCCCGCGAUCGAUGCACUCUGCUCCUAUCUAACGUCAUCGGCGCUGUUUUGGAAAGCAAAACAGACGUUAGCAAUAUCACUUCUGGAUUUGAGUGGGAGCUGGCAAUUACACUCACCAGCAGAAGUAAGUAAGUUGGUUGAGGCGCUGCUGUCGGCGGCUGAAGAAAUGAUGGGUCAACAAAGGAAAUCCAUAGCAAUGCAAUGUAUAGCUGUAAUUUCGAAGAUGACUCAACGUAAGGAGGUCUUUGCAAUUCAGUGGGACCAAAUCAAAACAAAAUGGGAAACGAGUCGAGUGGUCCAGGAAACCGGCUUAUUUGACGAUCUCGCUAGUCUGAAUUUGGGUGCUGUUAAUGAAGUCGAACAUUGUGGCAUGUCGUCAAGUAAGUUCAGCGAUGGCAGCAGAUCGAGGGUUGCUCAUAGAUCGAGUGCUGCUUCUGAUGAGAUGCUGCAGUCGUUAGAACACAAGCGGCUAGCACUAGCUAAGAUCGCCGCGUCUAUAGGCGCAAAGAAAGCCGGUGCAAAAGGAGGAGUUAGCGUUAAGCAGUAUGGUAAUGGUGCUGUCGCAAAAGGACCUGAUGCGAAGAAGAAGAAAAUCAUCCAUAGCGACGACGAUGAGGACUUUAUUGUAGACGAUGAAGCUGAGGAUGCGGAUGAGGACUUCAUGCUCAGUGAUGAGGAGGAGAAACGCCCACGCAAGAAAAGAACGGGACCUGAUGCGAAGAAGAAGAAAAUCAUCCAUAGCGACGACGAUGAGGACUUUAUUGUAGACGAUGAAGCUGAGGAUGCGGAUGAGGACUUCAUGCUCAGUGAUGAGGAGGAGAAACGCCCACGCAAGAAAAGAACGGGUCUCGAUUCCUGGCUGAAGGGUAGGCCAAAGAAGUCGGCAUCUAAUGUGUCCAAAGAAUCCACCACCAAUGCUUUAGGACUGGGACGGUCAGGAACAACAGAAAAAGUCCGGACGUUGUCUGAAUCAAGCGAAGAGGAAUGGUUAUGCAAACCACGAUUAGAUGAAAAUGCAAAGCGUAUGAAGACUCAUGCAUCAGAUUCCCCUAUAAAGAAACGUUCGCGUAUCAAAGCGGUUUUCUCUGAGGAAAGUGAUGAAGAUCAAGAGGAAAAUCUAACGUCUGCCUCCACGUUGAAGAAAGUAGCCAAAGCUGCUGCUAAACACGGCCGGAAACGAAAAGGAUCCUCCGAUGAGGAGUAUCUUGGUGAUGGUGGUAGUGAUAAGGGCUCCUAUCGCGGCGGCCGCUCCUCAGAAGAAGCAACUUCGGAUAGUGACGAUGACGAACAUCGCCCACGUAACGAAGAAGAGGACGACGUUAUGCUUGCAUGUCUCGAAUUUUUCAACACAUCAACACGCUCACAACUUACUUCCACUCCACGAAUGACUGAAAGAAUCGUGUCGCAAAUCGUCGAACGUCGGCCGUUCAAUUCUUUUGCUGAAUUGGAAUCUGCUAUCUCGGAAAUUCCACGGGGGACUGGGGCCCUGAACGCCUACAUGGAGUUCCUUGAAAAUCGUGGUGUUUUGGAGAAAAUUCUGGAUGACUGCAAGGAUCACUCUCUGUCCGUGGCCGCGGAGUUCGAGAAGUGUACUCAUCGUCGUCUCAAGCCGGCGCUAUUAGAUGAAAAGUGUACACUCCACGAAUAUCAGCACGUAGGCUUGAACUGGCUUGUGAUGAUGCAUGAAAAGGGAUUCAACUGUAUACUUGGUGAUGAAAUGGGUCUCGGCAAGACGAUUCAAGUCAUAGCCUUCAUAGCUUAUCUGAAGGAAGCAAACGUUCGCGGUCCGCAUCUCAUAGUUGUGCCGUCGUCAACGAUUGAAAACUGGAUGGCGGAAUUCAUCAAAUGGUGCCCAAAAGUUCGCUUGUUAACUUAUUAUGGAAGUCAAGAGGAGCGGCGGCAGCUCAGACACAUGGCUAAGAAGAAGAAGGAGAAUAUUGAUGUCAUUCUCACAACAUAUAAUAUGAUCUCAUCGAAGCAUGAUGACAAGAAGUUCUUUAAGAACUUCAGUAUUCAUUAUGUUGUUUACGACGAGGGUCAUAUGCUCAAGAACUGUGGUACGGAUCGCUAUCGGAAUCUUAUGAAAGUUAAGAGAUUGUGUUUGCAGCAAGGUCCUGCUCUUGAGUCAGGUUCAUGUUCCAUGUAUCAAAAGGAUAGGAUAGAGCAGGCAAAGUUGAUUUUGCAGCCGUACAUGCUCAGAAGACUGAAGACUCAGGUUUUAUACCACUUGCCAGAGAAACACGAAGAAGUUAUAGAAGUGGAAAUGUUGGAAAAUCAAAAAGAGUUAUAUGAAAAUGUAUUAGAUAGCCGUAACGACGCCAUUAUUUCGUUUCAGUGUUCGAGGUGUAGACGGGACACAAACAAUGCUUAUGGAGCUCUGAUGCGUUUGAGACAAGCAGCAAAUCAUCCACUGCUGAGACGGGUUCAAUAUACGGAUUCGUUGCUGGACAAGCUGGCGAAAACUCUAUGUGCCAAAGAGAAGCCAUACGAGAAGAAAAAGUGGGAAGACGUUGCCGAAGAUCUGUCCUAUCAGUCUGAUUUCCAAAUUCAUCAAAUAUGUGAAAAGUUUCGUAGCACGAAGAAAUUUUUGCUCUGCGAAGAUUUGGCACUCGAGUCAGGAAAGUGUCAAGUGUUGGACAAGCUAUUGCCGAAUAUCAAGGCAAAGGGAGAUAAAGUGCUGAUAUUCUCGCAAUUCACUUCAAUGCUUGACAUUCUCGAGGUGUACUUGCGCAUUCGACAAUAUUCAUUCAGACGGUUGGACGGCUCGACACCAGUGAUGGAUAGACAAGAGAUGAUCAACGAGUUCAACAAUGAUCCGGAACUUUGUGUAUUUCUUCUAUCAACCCGUGCGGGAGGUUUGGGCAUCAACCUGACAUCAGCAAAUCACAUAAUUCUUCAUGACAUCGAUUUCAAUCCAUAUAAUGACAAGCAGGCUGAAGAUCGAUGCCAUCGCAUGGGACAGGAGAAGGAGGUCUUCGUGACUCGGCUAGUCAGUAAAGAUACUGUUGAGGCUGAUAUCCACUGUUUGGCGCGGAAAAAGCUACAACUUGAAAAAGCUGUAACAGAUGGAAUUAAAGGGCAGCUAGAAGAAAACGAUGAAGUGUCACGUGGAUCAGCAGAAUCGAAGGAAGAGAAGCCAGACAGCGAUACUUUAUGCCUCCUCCUCAAUAGUGCCCUCAAACGGAAGUCUCAAGACAAUACGGCUUGA